AUGAAUAUUAUUUUCUCAAACAACUCUUUCUGUGGAGUUCUACGCUUGUUCUCGUCUAGUAAACCUAUUAUCGGCUUGAGAAGGAGCUCUUUCCUUCCCAAAACCUGCGUUGGUUUGACCCUGAAGAACAAUAAAACAGCUCGGAUGACUUCAUCAAGCGCAGCGGACAAAGAUAAAAACGGACUUCACUUAGCACCAGUCCGAAAUUCCAUUCUGCAAAUCCCAGAGGCUGUCCGUGGGAUGACUGAUUUGCAGAAGGAACCGUUUUCAACUAACAUCACCCUACAUGCACUUCGAGUAGAAGCCUCAAAAGUUUCAAUUAUUCAACGGAAAGUUCGGUUGGAGAAGUAUUUGUUCAAAAAUCUUGGGAGAGUGAAGGGUAUAUCAAAUGCAGAGGAUCCUAAGCAGAAACUGUUCAUGUUCGAUCCCAACCUUGUAAAUGAGGAUUCUCAUGAAUUAAAGGAGCAGAUCGAGAAAAUGAUAAAGGAGUACGCCGGAGAUAUUGAUUUACGAUGGGAACCUCGAACAGUCCAAAUAACAUUCGAAGAUUGGGAUUUGCGAAGAAUCCUGAAAGCGGUGCUUCCGAAAGAGUUGGACUUCAGCAGUUACAGCCAAGCCGGGCAUAUCGUUCACGUUAAUUUAAGGGACAACUUAUUGCCGUUCAAAAAAGUAAUUGGACAGAUACUUCUUGAAAAAGUCGGGAAAUGUAGGACUGUUGUUAACAAAAUUGACGGAAUCACGAACGAAUACAGGAAUUUCGAACUAGAUUUGCUAGCUGGGGAUGCGGACUACGUAACAGAAGUGACCGAAGACGGUGUGAGAUAUCGGCUAGAUUUCUCAAAGGUGUUUUGGAAUUCACGCCUAAGCCAUGAGCAUGAACGGAUAGUGAGAAUGUUUGAUUCGAAGUCAGUAGUUUAUGAUGCUUGUGCUGGAGUGGGUCCAUUCGUUCUACCUGCUAUAAGGAAAGGACGAAUCCGUCGUGCUCUCGCUAAUGAUCUCAACCCAGAAAGCGUUUUGUGGUUGAAAAAGAAUAUUUCUCUAAAUAAAAUACCUCCCGAGAAAAUUGAGGUUUUGAACCUUGAUGCGGCUGAUUUCAUUCGUGGACCAAUGGCAGAUGACCUGAGCAAGAAAAUCACCUGCUCUGUAGAAGAGGAAGAGAAACCAUCUGGAGUGCAUGUAAUGAUGAACUUGCCCGCUUAUGCAGUUAACUUUCUUCCAUCUUUUCGCGGGAUGCUUUCAAAACACGAUGGCGUUGAAACUGCCCCCAACUUUCCUAUAAAAGCUUACUGCUAUCUAUUUGCAAAGGCUCACCAAGAUGUCCCUGAAAAAUGGUAUGAACAACGAGCCCAAGAAAUGGUCAGAGAAUUUCUGAGGGAAGAAGAGGCUUCUAUAGAUUUAAUUCAUCAUGUGCGUACUGUUUCUUCUCGAAAAGAGAUGUUCUGUGUGCAACUGAAUUUGUCUUGGGAUUUUCUGUUCAAAAAAGAGACUGAUGCUGUCCUAAAGAGAGCAUGUGAAGAUAAUGACAAGGAUUUGAUGGAAACUGAAUCACCGCAUGCAUCCCUUAGACGCCUCAAUUGUCACAAGUUACUAGGUAGAGAUUCCUCAGUAGCCACGGAGAGAUAG